AUAGUCAGCUAGGGUGCGACCGUCUUCAAGCUGUUUGCCAGCAAAGAUAAGCCUUUGUUGAUCAGGAGGGAUUCCUUCCUUGUCUUGGAUCUUAGCUUUGACAUUAUCAAUUGUAUCAGAGCUCUCAACCUCCAAGGUGAUAGUCUUUCCUGUGAGUGUCUUGACAAAGAU